AUGUUUCCAGCUACGAUUGACGAGCCAUCGACGCCGACUGAGAAUGCUAUCAGUACGAGUUGGUCUGAUAUGGUGGAGGAAGAGUACAAUAGCUUCCUAAAUCUACCAGAUAGUGUAGUUUUAGCGCGUAAUAGAGGGGAACACAAGAAUAUCGUCGAACCUUCAGUUCCAGUAAGGGCUUUUGAUUCUGAUAUACAGAUACCGAUUAGGGAUUCUCCAUCCUUCCAACGAGGAGGCGUCAGGGGGGGUGGAAGUUAUCGUGGGGGAAGAGGAGGUCGAGGGGAUGCAGGUGGUAGGAGAUCUAACGAGCCUGAGGGCCAAGAACAUCGCUCAUGGGCAAACAUCACUGCUGCAUCAACCCGUUCAAACAUCAAACUCAGGUAUAUCCCUCCUACUUCUUUUGAGGAUAGUGUUGUUGUAAAUAUGCCCCCAAGGACUGACCCGCUAGAGAAAUGGGACUCCUGCCUUGUGGGUUACUUUGUUGAUAAGGGAGUGGGCUACAAUUAUUUGCGUAACAGUGCUUUUGGGAUGUGGAAAACUCAGGGCCUCAAGGAGGUUCUUACUAAUGGGGAUGGGUUCAUGUUCUUUAUUUUUGAUACCCCUGAUAGUUGCAGAGAAGUCCUUGAAGGAGGCCCAUGGUAUAUAGGUGGCUAUCUCCUUAUUCUGAAACAAUGGAAAAGGAUGAUGAAGCUAUCAAAAGAUAAGUCCACAAAAAUUCCAGUAUGGGUGAAGUUCUUUAACAUCCCCUUGGAAUAUUGGGAUCCUGAUGGAUUAAGUAGGAUUGCAAGUGCAAUUGGACAUCCCCUCUUUAUGGACCAGCUUACGGCUCGGGGUAGUAGGGUGGCUUUUGCUAGAAUCUGUGUGGAAAUUGAGGCCACCUCAAAACUGCCCACCUAUUUCCAAAUUAGACAUGAUGAUGAUGCUGUGGCUAAGCUGGUCUCUAUGCAGCAGACAUUUGAGGAAAAUGUCAAUGCUCAAGACGAAGGCUGGACCACUGUCAUAGCUAAGGGGAAGAGGAAGGUGGGUGAACCUGAGUUGGAAACUAUCCUAGAAGUGGUGGAACUCCCAGUUCCAGGUUCUAUAGUAGACCCAGUUCCAGCUCCAGCUCCUGAAAUUGCUCCCACUGAGGUGGACUCAUCUGAUCAAUCCUUUGACACUCAGGAGACUUCUACGAUCAAGAGCUUAUCCGGGGAGGAGCAAAGCUCUGAAAGCAGUGAUGUGGAUAGGUUCCAAAAGAAGGUGUUCGAGAUUGCAAAGCUGGUGGUCCCCAAUGCUGCUGAAAUGUUGGACACUGCGAUUAAAGAAGUUAAGGCUGAAAAGGCGAUCCAUAGUUCUGCUACCCCAUCCCAGCAGGUGAAGAACAGACCCUCUGGCAAAGGCAGCAGCAGCCAGAGGAAGAAAAAGAGAGGUUUGAAUGAUCCCUCUAAACAUAAAGAAGUUAAAAAGUUUGUGCUUAAAGAGAAUAUUCAUGUCAUGGGGGUUUUGGAAACCAAAAUAAAACAGUCUAAAGAGAGUAGUAUCUGUGGUAAAUGUUUUGAUCAAUGGUCUAUGCUCUCUAACUCACAACCAACUGAAACUGGUAGAGUCUGGGUGUGCUGGAACAAUGUUUUUUGUGAUGUUCAAAUGAUUUCUAUGUCUAAUCAGCAUAUUUUGUGUAAAAUUAUUGAAUUGGCUUCCAAUGAAAUCUUUUAUGCAACUUUUGUUUAUGCUGAAAAUAAGCACACAUUGAGAAAGGUUUUUUUUGAAUCUAUGCUUGAUAUCUCCCGUGUUAAAUCCAAAGUUCCUUGUGUUUUUCUGGGUGAUUUUAAUGCUAUUAGAUACCAGCAGGAAAAAAUUGGGGGGACUUCUAAUUGGACGAAUGAUAAUGAGGAAUUUAAUACUUAUGUUAAUGCUUCUGAGUUGGCUGAUUUGUCUUACGGUGGUUGCCAAUUCACCUGGGCUAACAAUAGGAGUGAGGGGACCUAUAUAGCUACCAAAAUUGAUAGAGUUCUGGUUAAUGAGGCUUGGUUGGACAAAUUUCCUGAGGCUACUGCCCAGUUCCUCCCCUCUGGUAUUUCUGACCACUCCCCUGCAGUGGUCAAUAUCAGUGCCACCAAGUGCUCUUUCAAAAAACCUUUCAAAUACUUUGAUUUCUGGUCUCAACAUCCAGAGUUUCUGGGGACUGUUUCUAACACCUAG